CCGAGGGAGAUGGAACAGCAAGCUAGGUAUUGAACUCACGAAGCAAGCAAGACUCUGUACUGCUAUAGAAAGCAGUAGCAAGGUCUAGUCGGCUGUGUGGCCUAGGCGCCUAGCUAUAUAGUAAACGUGUAACACGGUAUCCAGCAUGGACGGGUACAUCUACCAGUCGCUCUUCCUCUCCGUCCUUGCUGUGGUACUGCUGCAGCUGGUGAAGAUGGCCCUCAAGCCGAGGCCACGGCUGCCGCCAGGGUCUUGGAAGCUGCCCGUCAUCGGCAGCAUGCACCACCUCGUGAACGUGCUGCCGCACCGGGCGCUGCGGGACCUGGCGGACGUCCACGGCCCGCUCAUGAUGCUGCAGCUCGGCCAGACGCCGCUCGUCGUCGCCUCUUCCAAGGAGACGGCGCGCGCCGUGCUCAGGACGCACGACACCAACUUCGCCACACGCCCCAAGCUCCUCGCCGGCGAGAUCGUCGGCUAUGAGUGGGUCGACAUCCUCUUCGCCCCCUCCGGCGACUACUGGCGCAAGCUCAGCCAGCUCUGCGCCGCCGAGAUCCUGAGCCCCAAGCGCGUGCUCUCGUUUCGUCACAUCCGGGAGGAGGAGGUGAUGCUGCGGGUGGAGGAGAUCCGCUCGGCGGGCCCGGCGACGCCAGUGAACCUGAGCGUGAUGUUCCACAGCAUCACAAACAGCGUCGUGUCCCGGGCCGCGUUCGGGAAGAAGCGGAAGAACGCGGCGGAGUUCCUGGCGGCGACCAAAGCCGUCGUCGGCCUAUCAAUACCUUUUUCUACUAGUGUGUUCAGCGGUUUCAACGUCCCGGACUUGUUCCCGACGUGGACCACCGUCCUGGCCAAGCUCACCGGCAUGACGCGCAGCCUCAAGGAGAUCCACAAGACGGUGGACACCAUCCUCGAGGAAAUUAUUGAGGAGCGCAAGUGCUUCGGCUUCCAACUUACCAACAGCAUCAUCAAGGCCAUCAUACUGGACAUGUUCGCGGGCGGGACGGGGACGUCGGGGUCGGCCAUGGAGUGGGGGAUGUCGGAGCUGAUGCGGAACCCGCCGGUGAUGAAGAAGAUGCAGGCGCUGAUCAGGGAGGCGUUCCGUGGGAAGACAGCUGUGACGGAGGGCGACCUGCAGGCGAGCAACCUCCAGUACCUGAAGCUGGUGAUCAAAGAGGCCCUCCGGCUGCAUCCGCCGGCACCGCUGCUGGUGCCCCGGGAGAGCAUCGAGGAGUGCGAGCUGGACGGGUACACGAUCCCAGCCAAGUCACGGGUCAUCAUCAACGCGUGGGCCAUCGGCCGCGACCCCAAGUAUUGGGACGACGCCGGCGAGUUCAAGCCGGAGUGGUUCGAGGACGGCUCCCAAGACUUCACGGGCAGCAGCUACGAGUUCUUGCCCUUCGGCUCCAGCCGCAGGAUGUGCCCCAGCUUCAACUACGGCCUCGCAAGCAUGGAGCUCGUCUUCGUCGGCCUGCUCUACCACUUCGACUGGUCGCUGCCCGAGGGCGUCAAGGAUAUUGACAUGGGGGAGGCGCCUGGACUCGGCGUACGCCGCCGCACGCCGCUAAUGCUUUGCGCCAGCCCGUUCGUCCCGGUCCCCGCCUAGCUAUAUAUAGGCACGUACAUCGAUCGUCAUGCUAGCUCUAGCCGCGAGCUGAGGGGCCUAUACUUGUAUAUCUGUCUCAACAAUUUCUCUCCACGAUGGAUGUGCUUGCUGGCUAAAUACGUAGUAUUAUUACUGCGAAGCGUGUAUUAUUAUGUACCUAAAGUUUGUACUUCUAUCCUAAAUUAAAUUGUGUCCCGCAGUAGACGCAAGGGUAAUAAAUAAGUGCCGUUAUUUUUC